AGUCAAGCGGCGUCGCAUAACUUGCCAGAAAUACACAGAACCGAGUGAGGUAGUUUGUUAUGGAGACCCUGUACCUGUAGUGUUCUCAGCGUCAUAGCAGUCGUACUCCCAACUUGUAUCUCUCUGCGCCAGUCUGACACAGGGUUGGCAACUCACCUGGGUCUGGUAUUUCAGAUUUGACUCUCACCUCACACGAAGGCGACCAUGAAGCCACGAACACUCGAUGAGCUAGCUGAGAAGCUCCUCCCGAAAAGCAGCAGUCGGAAAGAUGACUGGCCUCUCAGCUUUUUCAAAGACGUCACCACUGCUUCUCCUGCCAAGCAGCUCACCGUUGGCGGCCUAUCAGGCUGGUGUGCAGGCUAUGUGUUCACCAAGGCUGGAAAAGUGGCUGCAACAGUAAUUGGCGGUAGCUUGUUGCUGUUCCAGGUUGCACAGCACCAAGGUUACAUCAAAGUGAACUGGUCACGGCUUAACAAGGACGUGCAGCAGGCAAAGAAUGAGCUCACUCGAAGAACUAACAAGAAGCUUCCAAAGGUAGUUGACGAGGGUCGGCAAUUUGUCAAGGACAACAUCUUCCUGGCUACAGGCUUUUUGGGUGGCUUCCUUCUCGGAAUGGCAUCAUCCUGAUUGUUGUGCCAUCAGCGUCAAUAGAUGUGACAACCUCCCUAUUACUGGCACACCCUAGUGCAAAUUUAGAUGCUCCUAUUGCAUCGCCAGCAUUUGCUUGUUUCAGUCCUAGGAAAAGAUGCGUCCUGCUACAUAAAAUCUGAGCAUUCAUCAGCGAGCCGACGUAGACUUUUGAAUGCAUCAUAUUGUCAACAGAUGUUAAAUCAAAGUGAGCAGUUGAAUUAAAUGACAAUUUUACGCAAUGACA